CACCGGCGGGUUCGAAAAGUCCCACGACCGAGCAAUUUUGCACCCAACCGUUCCGGAUCCGUUCGUGCGCCGACAAAGAGAUUGCUUCACCCAGUUUUGUAAAGGUACUGUAACAAUGGUCAAUGUCCUUCUAAAGGAAACAAAGAUUGAUGAGAUGAAAGAAGCAUUAUUAUUCAGCAACAAGUUGCAGAAGGAGCAAGAAGAAGAAUGGUUGUUUCCGGUGAGCCCGACGGGGCAAUACUUCAACAGCUCCGUCCUCUCCAUUUGCGUUCUCGCCGUCUUGGAUUUCGAACACCCCAUUGACGAUUCCCUCGCCGUUCCCCUCAUCAACAAUCUCUUUCUCCCCAUCAGUCCCAGAUUCUCUUCCAUCAUGGUAAUAGAUGAGAAUGGAGAGAAACAAUGGAAGAAAGUGGAAGUGAGAGCAGAAGAUCACAUAAGAGUACCCGUUUUCCCGCCAGAGUCAGAAUCGUACGAUGAGUGCUUCAAAGAUUACCUGUCGGAGGUUGCAAUGGAGCCGCUGCGGCAGGGGAGGCCGUUGUGGGAAAUCCACAUCGUCAAGUACCCGACCAGCGCCGCCGCCGGGAACGUGAUCUUCAAGCUCCACCACGCCCUGGGCGACGGCUUCUCGCUGAUGGGCGCCCUCCUGUCCUGCCUCCAGAGGGCCGACGACCCCGCCCUUCCCCUGACUUUUCCGGCGUUCAAGGAGCCCUCCCGCGUCACGGGAUCCGGCAAAGAUGGGCUCUGUAAGGCUCUGCCGGGACUCGUCUCCGCCGUGGUCAACACUGUUUCCGAUUUCGGGUGGAGCUUGAUGAAGAGUAGCUUUCUUGAAGAUGACCGGACUCCGAUCCGUUCCGGCGACCCUGGGGUCGAGUUCCGGCCGGUGGAUAUUAACACCAUAGCGUUUUCUAUUGACGAGUUCAAGCAAAUCAAGACUAGGCUCCAUGUGACCAUAAACGACGUGUUGUGCGGAGUAAUAUUUCUGGGGACGAGACUGUACAUGGAGGAGAUGAGCGACGGCGGCGGCGGCGGGGAGCUGAAAAACGGGAAGGCGACGGCGCUGGUGCUGCUGAACACGAGGAACAUCGGCGGCUACAGAUCCACCAAGGAAAUGGUCCGGUCUGAGGGCGGCGACUCCUCCAAGUGGGGGAACCGGUUCGCAUUCAUGCACGUCGCCGCCCCGAAAUCCAACUCUUCUUUUUCUAAUCCCAUCGACUUCGUCUCCAAAGCCCGGGAGAUCAUCCAGAGGAAAAGAAACUCCUCCGCCGUUCUCCUCACCGGAAAAGUCCUCGACACUCUCCGCCACUACAGUGGACCUGAGGCGACGGCUAAAUAUGUGCACAACACACUGAAGAACUCGAGCAUGACAAUAUCGAAUAUGAUUGGGCCUAUAGAGAAAAUGUCUUUGGCGGAUCAACCCUUAAAGGGCUUGUAUUUCAUGGUUGUCGGUGUUCCCCAGAGUUUAACCAUAACAGUGAUGAGCUACAUGAGAACGCUGAGGAUUGCAGUGGGAACAGAAAGGGGUUUCAUAGAUCCCGCCAAGUACGAGGAUUGUGUCCGGAGAGCCUUCCACUUGAUCUCCGACGCGGCUGCCGCCACCGCCCUUUGUUAAAUUCCGUCGUCACAUACCAACUACUAAAUGCAACACACACACACACACAAAAAGAAGAAGAAGAAGUAAUUAGAAACAAUCUCUUGGAACAAAAGGAUUGUGAUGAAGCCAAGCAACAUCAUGAGAUUUCCAACAAGUUGCUUCUAGUGACUAAAGUAAUUAACUAGUAACCUCGUCUCUGAGUAUUUGUCUAGUUUUAACUUUUUCGGUUAACAUUUUUCAAAUAUUGAUCUAUAGUUAAAUAAAACAUAUAUUGAAUAUUAAUUAAAUAAAAUAAUAUUUUGAAAAAAUUGAUAUUAAAAAUCUAAUAAAAUUAUAUUUGUAUCAAUAUCUAAUAUCAUGUUUAUUUAAUUUGAGGUCAAAGCUUACUAAUUUUAACCGAAAAAAGUCAAAAAGUACACAAAUACUCAGGGACGAACCGAGUGCAUAUUUGUUUAUAGUACUCCGUAUAUGUGAUAUAUAAGCUCGGGGGACAAUGAUAGAAUCAUAUAUACAAUACAUGUUUUGAAUAUAUUCUUUUUAAGUUAUUAUCUUUGUAACUUCCCUCAAAAUCAUUUGAAAUCCCAUAAUUUCAAAUUCACAAUGCUGUUUGGGAAGUUAUAG